AUGGCCGAGAUCGUGACAGAGCCUUCCAGCGGGACCAAUGGCAAGAGCACCUACCAGAUGGACGAGCAUGCAGACAGCGAAGCAGCUCUUCGAAGGGUCGAAACGGCUGGCAACCUGUCCAUCUCGCCUGAGCUCUUUGAGAAGUUGUAUCUUUCGCCCAAGAAUGAGGUGUCAAAUAACCUUCGAACAACCUUUGGCAACCCAAGUCCACUUGCCGUCGUUGGCUUUAUCCUCUCCCUCACACCACUAUCCUGUGCCCUGCUCGGCUGGAGAGGAUCCGGCGGUCUCGGUGCAGCAGAGAACGGCGCGUACUAUUUCUUCGGCGGCCUGCUAAUGUUCACCGGCGGCCUUCUGGAGUUUGUCCUUGGAAACACAUUUCCCUUCGUUGUCUUCUGCUCGUACGGCGCCUACUGGUUCACCUUCGGCGCCACUUUGACACCUUACUACAACGCUUAUGGCGCCUAUUCACCCGAUGACCCCGCCGCCGGUCUAACCGACCCAGUCUUCCUCAGCACAUUCGCUUUCUUCCUCCUCUGGAUGGGCGUUCUAUCGUUCAUCUACUUGAUCGCCAGCCUGCGCACCAACAUCUUGUUCUUCCUCAUCUUCUUGACCUUGUGCCCCAUGUACUGCUGUCUCGCCGCCGGUGAUUGGCAGGCAGCACAGGGAAAUGCAGAGGCGGCGCUCACCUUACAACACGCGGGUGGUGCGAUGGCGUUCAUGUCCUGUCUGAUCGGGUGGUACGACUUCUUGGUGCUGGUUCUGUUGGCCGUCGAUUUCCCGCUUAAUCUGCCGGUGGGGGACCUGAGUCAUAUCAUCAAAGGGGCUGGGCAGACGGGUGGAAGGAGACUGAGGGUGAAGAUCAGUCGAGUAUGA